AUGAGUUGCAACGGUUGCCGAGUCCUGCGCAAAGGGUGCAGUGAGGGGUGCACCCUGAGGUCGUGCUUGCAGUGGAUCGAUUCCCCUGAAGCACAAGGCCAUGCAACUCUCUUCGUCGCUAAAUUCUUCGGCCGUAGCGACCUAAUCUCUUUCAUUUCCUCAGUCCCCCCAAACAACAGACCUGCGCUGUUUCAGUCUCUGCUGUUCGAAGCGUGCGGCAGAACAAUUAAUCCCGUCAACGGUGCAGUCGGAUUAAUGUGGAGCGGUAACUGGCACGUGUGCCAGGCCGCCGUGGACACGGUGCUCUCCGGAGGCGUUCUUCGUCCGUUACCGGAGGUUAUGACGCCGACCAUUGAUGAGUCAUCAGACAGCAUAUACUCUCAAUUCCGGCCGUUGGAGAUGAUUCAAGAGUCUUACUACAACAGCACAACCUUGGAGGCGCUGAAUAAGGGCAGUGAUGCAACGCCACAAGCUACGUCAUUGGUUACUGGAGAAUCGGAGAUGACGAGCUAUGACAUUUACAGCGAGAAUGAGAAAAAGCUUUUGAAUCUGUUCGUGUAA